CGGACAUGCGGUGGGUCCGCGACUGCCACAAUCGAUUCAUGCCCCUGCAAGAGACAAUUCUGCAAGACUGCCUUGCCUCAGCCGGACGAACACCGAGCAUCAAGGGGCACAAACAGCCCUCGGCUCCAAGCAUACCCCGUCCAAGCAUUCUCAUUGGCCGUGCCGGAACUUUAGUUCCGCAGCCAAGAUAAAGAAGUGGGCCUGGAGCUGAAUUCUCAAUUGCCUGCGCGCCGAGCUGAGCUGAUCUCCGUGAUCGGCACCAAUCGAUCGAAAUCUCGAUCUCUGCCCAGCAAUCGCGAUACAAAGUACGGUGCGUACGUCAUCUAUAAGUUCUCCAUCCCCGCCUGCAUGCGGUGAUAACAUCCUGAACCUGCCCCGGAGGACCCCAGAGCAGAACCUCCCAUCCACACCGCAGAGCCAUCACCAUGGCCGAACCCCCGCAAAAGGGUACAGUACAGCCCUACCCAUCUCCAGUCGAACCACUACUAACCCAACCCCAAGUCUGGGCCUCCCUAAUCACCAACCUCAACUACCUGCCGGGCCUCCUAACCCUCGCCCACUCCAUCCAAACAACCAACACGAUCUACCCCUUCAUCGCCCUCUACACGACCUCCUUCCCAGAAGAAGGCAUCGCCGCCCUCCGCGCCCGCGGCAUCCCCUCCCGCGAGGUCCCCACCAUCACCCCGUCCGGGAAUUGCACCCACGAGCACGACCCCCGCUUCGCCGAAGCCUGGAAGAAACUCGUCGUUUUCUCGUUAGAAGACUACGCCCGCAUCGUCCUGCUGGACAGCGACAUGCUCGUGCGGCAGAACAUGGACGAGCUGAUGGAGAUCCCCCUCGAUGAAGACCGAAUCCUGGCGGCCAGCCACGCCUGUGCCUGCAACCCGCUGAAAAAGCAGCAUUAUCCGAGAGACUGGACCCCCGCAAACUGCGCCUACACAGCCCAACACCCCACCCCGGACACCGCGCAGACCACCGGUCCCCCGGCUACCGCGGGCGUGGCGAUGCUCAACAGCGGGCUGCUGGUCGUGCAACCCCGACAGACCGACUUCGUCGCGGUGCAGACGGCGCUCCACGACACGGAGCAGGUAAAAAGGUACGCGCUGGCGGACCAGGAACUGUUGUCGAAUGUGUUCCGGGGCCGGUGGCGGGCGUUGCCGUAUGUGUAUAAUGCGUUGAAGCCGAUGCGGGGGGAGGGGGAGGGUACGCAUGCGGGGAUCUGGCGGGAUGGGGCGGUGAAGAAUGUGCAUUUUAUUUUUGCGGUGAAGCCGUGGCAGAUGGACCGGGAGCAGGGGGAGGGGGAUGAGUUGGUUGGGUGGUGGUGGGCGGUGGAUGAGGAGAGAAGGCGCGGGGAGGUGGAGAGGGGGGUGGUG